GCACACCAAUCAUAAUAUCAUAUUAUAUUUCUCCUUCCCAGUUUUGAUUCAACUAUAAUCACGUUCUUCUUCUUCUUUUUUUUUCUUGAUCACUAGUAUUGCUUUUUUUCUUGGUAUAAGAUUAUGCAAUUAUAUACUGUUAUUCUAGUUGGGAUAUGUCUUUACACUGUAAAUUUACUGUGUGAAAAUGACAGUAAUUCCACAAGGUGGCAAGUAUUUUCAGUUCAAUAAAUUCAUAGUUUAUCCAAAUACAAAUUUAGUGUUCGGCUUCUUACAAAUUACUCCAUCGCCGUUUUUUCAGAAUAUAAAACCACAUGAUGUCACUCACGUAGCAUACAUUGUUGGAGAUGGUUAAAUUAUGUAUUUUCUAGAAUAUUUAACGAUAUUUGUGACUAGUUAGUUUAUUCCCUAGGACAAAAAUCUCAAUUUUUAGCCGUCACAUAAUACAUGAAAAAAUGGCACGACCUAGACAAGAUAUGUAAUUAUAAGCUUACAAAAAUUACAAAUCGAACAUGAAAUAGCUUCAGUCCCAACUCUAGGCAAUAAUACAAUGUAUGUGUAAUUUUAUUAAAAUAUAAUACCAAUAAAGAAUAGUCAUUCUAUUCAUGUUUCCAGUUCUUCUCAAGGAUGGGUUAGUGUAUUAUAAGUAAAAUAAUGUCUCACUAUAGUUAUUGUAGGAGUAAUAUAAAACUAUUUUUAUAAAUAAUGAUAAUAAUAAUAAUAAUAAUAAUAAUAAUAAUAAUCUUAUCAUAAAUAUAUAUGAUCGAGUAGCUUGUAAAAAGAAAUAAACAUGCUUUUAUUAAACAAGCAAAAACAAACAUAUUGUUAUUGAACUAAUUAUCACUUAUUUUGGCUAGCGCGCUAAGUCAAAUUAGAACACCGAAUUUUCAGGGUAAAACAGCUAAUCAAAUAUCCGCUCCGUACACCUGAAAUUUAACACCUAAUUUUGAACGUUGAUUUAUCCUCAUCUACGGUCCAAAAUGAUUAGUGUAAGUACGGCUGGGAUCGAAAUUUACAGCCGUAGAUUCCUGACAAAAUCGAGCGGCUCAGAUACACAUCCUCACCACCCCGAUCGUAUAUUAAUUCGCAAAAUACUCGCAAUCGAAUACAGCAACACCCAUCGAGAAAUCAAUUUUUCAUCUGAAAAAACUUGAGCUGAAGGCGAAGGAAAAAUGUCAGGGAGAGGAAAAGGAGGCAAGGGAUUGGGAAAGGGAGGAGCCAAGCGUCACAGGAAGGUGCUGAGGGAUAACAUCCAGGGCAUUACGAAGCCGGCGAUCCGCCGCCUCGCCCGCCGCGGCGGCGUCAAGCGCAUCAGCGGCCUCAUCUACGAGGAGACCCGCACCGUCCUCAAAAUAUUCCUCGAGAACAUCAUCCGCGACGCCGUUACCUACACCGAGCACGCUCGCCGCAAGACCGUCACCGCCAUGGACGUCGUCUACGCGCUCAAGCGCCAGGGACGCACCCUCUACGGCUUCGGAGGCUAGGGUUUUGCAAUUUGGGGAAAUCGUUAUCAAUUCUUUGUAGAUUAGGUUUUUUCUCGAAUUAUUGAGAUUUGUUAUUCCAAUUGUUGGUUUAGUGGAUCCGAUUUUGGAACAAUUGAGAUUUUAAUUUCAGCACUUGGUUCCAAUUGAAGAGUUAACAAUUCUCAGCGUGGUUGGUGGUGUGUGAAAUGCAAUAAUUCUGGUGCGUUUAAAAAGGCGAAUUUUGGUUUCUUUGU